UCUCUUAGACUGAGUGCUGGAGAAUAAAAUGAUGAUUUAUUAAGUGUUUGUGAUGUUGUGAGCGGAUCUGAGUGAUUUUGUGGAGCGCUGGAAUGCUCUCAUGUGGAGUUUAAUGACGGAGAGGAUGGGAAUCCUGACGGUUCAGGUUCAGCCGUGCAGCGUUCGCGGGACCGGAUGAGACCGUAGGAGUUCGGAGCCGGAUUCACGUUUCUCCGUCGUAGUCGAAGAGAACCUGCGUACAGGUUCCCGCUGCGCUCGGCGGACUGGAGCUUCCUGACCCAUGGAGAAUUACUUCCAGGCUGAGGCCUUCAAUCUGGAUAAAGUUCUGGACGAGUUCGAGCAGAACGAAGAUGAAACCGACACCCCCGCGCUUACGGACGCCAAGUGGACCCAAAUCCUCGCCCCUUCCUCCCACCUCCUGUCCCUGACCCACGCCGACCUGAGCCCGGCGGACGGCCCCGAGUUCGUCAAGCCCCUGCGCCCCUCUCUGGCGGAAGACGCCGGGUCCGAUGCGAAGCCGGGGUCGGGACUCCGGGCCGAGGAACGUCCGGCGGACGUCCACAGCCCACCUCUGCUCCAGCCCAACAUCGGCAAACUGGUCAGCGCCGACGGGCACGUGCUGGACUCCGCGGUUCGGAACGGGCGUCCUUCCAGUCCGGAGUGCAACGGGUUUACGGAGGCUCCUCCGCUCACGGACGACGGAAAUCUUACCUCCCAGCAGGGCCGCGCCCAUCUCUCUGACCUCAGUUCCUCCGCCUCUGAGAACGGAAUCGCAGACGAAGGGGCGGAGUUAAAGAAUGGCGCUACGUCCACUGAGACAAACGGCGUUAGGGAGGUUCCAGGGUCGGACUGUUUGAGCACUCCAGAAGCGAGCGGUCCUGAAAAACAAGAAGCGAGUAACGGUACCCGGGAGUCGUUGGCAGACGAGGUCUGUCAGGUGGGCACCUUGCCGAACGGCUCACAAACGGGCGUACAAAUUGACCGUACGGAUAUGGGUGCAGUCGAGUCUUCGUGCCACCCUAAUGGCCUGGUUCUGGUCAGUGACGGAGAUGCACCUCACCCGCCUCCAGCGCCUCUGAAGGAGGACUCCGUACUCGAGGAGAAGGAGAUGGAGGAGAGCAAGCAGGAGUCCUCCGAGACCACCGGACUCAACAACAGCCGGUCGCACCCGGUCAGCGCCCCCUACGGCGGUGCCAGGCCCAAACAGCCCGUCAGUCUGAAGCUGCAGAUCCCGCCCAGCGUCUCGGACCCGGUCCAGAACAAGCUGGGCUCGACCGGCAGGAACAAGAACCUGGAGCCGCGGUGCGGACCGACGGGACCCGAGUCGGAACCCGGGACCGUACGGACGGACGACGAGGCCGGGCGACGUUCGCCGGUAUCGCGCGCCCCCUCGGAGAACCCCGAUAACGACCUCCAGGCGGGGCAGCAGGGACUGCUGGUGAGGAAGCCCUUCGGAUCGCUCGGGGAGGUGGCGCCUGUAUGGGUGCCCGACUCGCAGGCGCCCGUCUGCAUGAAGUGCGAAGUCAAGUUCACCUUCACCAAGAGGAGGCACCACUGUCGGGCGUGUGGGAAGGUCUUCUGCGCUUCCUGCUGCAGUUUGAAGUGCAGGUUAAUGUACAUGGACAGGAAGGAGGCCCGAGUCUGUGUGACCUGUCAUCACGCCCUGACCAAUGCUCAGCCGUGGGAGAAUUCGGUAAGCAGCUCCAACCAAAGUCCGAACCCCAACAACCCGGCCGAGUACUGCUCCACCAUCCCGCCCCUGCAGCAGGCCCAGGCGUCCGGCGCUCUCAGUUCCCCCCCGCCCACGGUCAUGGUACCCGUCGGAGUCCUGAAGCAGCCCGGCAACGAAGGUUCUCUGUCUCGUGAGCAGAGGAGAGUCUGGUUCGCCGAUGGGAUUUUGCCUAACGGAGAGGCGGCCGAACCUACCAAAGCACCCGCGCCCGACCCCGACCCCGACCCCGCCCAACCUCUGGCCGAGUCCCAGAUCUCCAGCAAGUCGGCCGAGACCAGGACUCGGGAGGCGGCUCGUGCGCCCGGAGCUCCGGUGGGCAGCUCGGUCAGCCUGAUCCCCGAGGACGGUCUUCCUCCCAUCCUCAUCUCCACCGGAGUCAAAGGAGGUACGGGAGGCCACAUCGCAGAUUACGCGGUGGAGGAGAAGCCCUCAGAGACCCUGCUCCUUCAGCAGCUGGAGGAGGGAGAUCCCGAGCCGCUGGUGUUCGUGCUGAACGCUAACCUGCUAGCCAUGGUCAAGCUGGUCAACUACGUGAACAGGAAGUGCUGGUACGUCAUGUCCAAGGGCAUGCACGCGGUGGGUCAGGCCGAGGUGGUGGUGUUGCUGCAGUGCCUUCCCGACGAGAAGAGCGUCCCCAAAGAUAUCUUCAGCCACUUCGUACAGCUCUACCAGGAAGCGCUCACGGGUAAGGUUCUGACCCACCUGAGCCACUCGUUCUUCACUCAGAGCUUCCUGGGCGGUAAGGAACACGGUGGUUUCCUGUACAUCACCCCGACCUUCCAGUCUCUCCAGGACCUGCUGCUGCCCAACCCGCCCUACCUGUUCGGGAUCCUGCUGCAGAAGUGGGAGACGCCGUGGGCCAAAGUGUUUCCCAUCCGUCUCAUGCUGCGGCUGGGCGCCGAGUACAGGCUUUACCCGUGCCCGCUGUUCAGCGUACGCUUCAGAAAACCGCUUUUUGGGGAAACCGGCCACACCAUCAUAAACCUACUGGCGGAUUUCAGGAACUACCAGUACAUGUUACCAGUGGUUAGAGGACUGGUGGUGGACAUGGAAGUGAGAAAAACCAGCAUCAAGAUCCCCAGUAACCGCUACAACGAGCUGAUGAAGGCCAUGAACAAGUCGAACGAGCACGUUUUGGCGAUGGGGGCGUGCUUCAACGACGAGGCCGACUCUCACCUCGUGUGCGUUCAGAACGACGACGGAAACUACCAGACGCAGGCCAUCAGCAUCCAUCACCAGCCUCGGAAAGUGACCGGAGCCUGUUUCUUCGUGUUCAGCGGAGCUCUGAAGGCCUCGUCGGGAUAUCUCGCCAAGACCAGCAUCGUCGAAGACGGCGUGAUGGUGCAGAUCACGGCGGAGACCAUGGAGGCGCUGCGCCAGGCUCUCCGGGAGAUGAAGGACUUCACCGUCGUGUGCGGUAAGGCCGAUCAGGAGGAGGCGCAGGAGCACGUCCACGUCCGCUGGGUGGAGGACCACCUCGACUUCAACAGAGGAGUCGUCAGUCCCAUCGACGGCAAAUCCAUGGAGUCCAUAACCAGCGUGAAGAUCUUCCAGGGGUCAGAGUUCAGGGCCAACGGGAAGGUCGUCCGCUGGACCGAGGUCUUCUUCCUGCUGAGUGAGGACCAGCAGCAUGGCGACCCCGCCGAUCACAGCCGGCUGACGGAGAACGUGGCGCGAGCGUUCUGCAAGGCUCUCUGUCCUCACCUCAAGCUGCUCAAGGAGGACGGCAUGGCCAAACUGGGGCUCCGGGUCACCCUGGACUCGGAUCAGGUGGGUUACCUGGCGGGCAGUAACGGGCAGCCGCUGCUCCCUCAGUACCUGAGCGACCUGGACGGCGCCCUGAUCCCGGUCAUCCACGGCGGCGCGUGCCAGCUCACUGAGGAUCCCGUGGUGAUGGAGCUCAUCUUCUACAUCCUGGAGAUAAUCUCCUAAACCAGGUUCCCCUUCCCAACCCCCCCUCGCUCAUUUGCACUUCAGAUCCUGAACAGUGGGUUCUCCAGGUCAGGUCGGAUCACCUAUGCACCAUUUUUACACGCCAACCAUCUCCGCCGGGGGCCCCGGGGCCCCUCAGAUCUCAGAGUUAUUUUUGGUGCUCGUUCUUCGUUUCUUCUCCACUGUGGAAAUCAGAAAUGCUGCCCCAGCGGGACGGAGGAGGAUCAGGAACUCUCCUAGGUGGAACUUUCCUAGCAGAACGACGUCUGGGUUCUCAGAGCAGAAUGGAUGGACCUGUAGGAAUCUCGGCCGCGCUGUCGACCUGGCCGGGUGUCCCGCAGGCACGCGGAGUCAGCCACGCCUCGUGUAGGAUCCCUCCUGCUCUGAGAUGAAGAGUGUGUAGGGUACGAGUCCUACAAGCUCCACAAAACACUAAUGUAAGGACACGGUUAUGAAACGAUGCGGUUAUGAACAGUGUGAUCAUGGACUUGUGUGGUUUUAGACUGGUGCGGUUAUGGAUGAUGCAGUUAUGGACUGGUGUCUUCAUGGACUGAUGGGAUUACGGACGGUGUGGUUCUUCUUGGUUAAGAAGGUCUGAGUCACAGUCAGCGUUCCAGUUCAUCCCAGAGAGGAGGUCAGGACCCUCAGCAGGCCACUGAAGUUCCUCCAAACCAAACCAAACCAAAAUAAACCAAACCAAACCGUGUCGUUAUGGACCUGAUAACUGGGCGGUCAUGCUGGAACAGGAACACACCUUCCCUAAAUCAUGGGUGUGGCUGCAACAUGUGGGGUGUCCACAUACUUUUGAACAGAUAGAGGAGAAAUUUGACCCUGAACGUAGAGCCAAUCGGGCGUUUCAGAUCUGGAUUGAAUGUGCCGUAAGUCGUAAGUUUACGGACGCUAGAUGAAAAUGUAAGCUGGUGUAAUGACUGCUGCAGAUUAAUCUCGCGGUGAUGGGUGCCGGGGGAGAGGGUUAGUGUUCGCUAAUUAGCUCUGUGUGUGUGUGUGUGUGUGUGUGUGUGUGUGUGUGUGUGUGUGUGUGUGUGUGUGUGUGUGUGUGUGUGUGUGUGUGUGAGACUCGUAGCUAUAAAAAGACUCAGAACCGUCGGGGCAGAGUGUGUGUGGCCCCCCGAUGCGCCACGUUCUUUAGUGUGUGUGUGUGUGGGGGCAUUUAGGAUGCAGGCGCUCGUUUGCAUGACUUAUCGUUAUAACAGGUGUAAUAAAUCAGUUAUAUAAAGGAAAUUACAUGCUUUCCGACUUUGCAGCAACAGUUUAGGGAAGGUCCUUUCCUGUUCCAGCAUGAGUGAGCUCUAUAAAGACGUGUCCUGACCUUUCCCACUCUGCUCUGUUAUGAACCGGAACACCGACUGAUCAAUCAGCGCUUGCCUUAUAACUGAUGGGCACAAAUUCCCACACACAGACACACUACAGUCAUGUGAGAAGCUCCUCAGAAGAGGAUCACAUCGAGUUCGUUUUUGAAUGCGACAUCCGACAAGCUGACGGUCAGGCGUCCGAAUACUUUUGGCUUUAUACUGAAUUUCAUGUGUGUUUUUGGUAUCAGGCUGGAAAAAAAACUUUCGAACUAGAGUCCGCUUUAUUAAAUCAAUUUUAUUUGUUUGUUUACUAGGUCAAAUGUUAUUGUUUCGGUGGCCCCGCCCGCUCGUCUCUGUAUUACGUAUGAAUUUGAACAUUUGGACGCUUUUUGUAGAGGCUAAGAUACGAGUACGUGAACGGAUUCACUUCAUAAUUGCCACAAGUCUAUUUUUUUUUUUACUCUGCUUAGAGAUUGAGUGUGUUUAUCUCCAGUCCGUCAUGGCAAAGCAUUUAGCUCCACUUUCAGACGCUUUCGGGACAGAUCCGUGUCCUGAUUUUACGCUGAUCGCUGUUACAGUCCACAAACUCGGAGGAGUCGUUACGUUUUACUCGCCGACCGGAGAAAAUAGUGCAAAAAUCCACAAGAUUCAGAGUAGAUUCAGAGUAGAUUCAGCCAGUCGUCAGUAACGUUUCUGUCUCGGCUCGCGGUUUCUCUGUAAAACGUGCGUAAACGUGUUUUUUUUAACUGUUAUUAUAAAGUGCAGCUCAGGCUUAAAGAAAACGAUGCAGAAAAAUCCACUUUCACCAGCAAACACUUCACAUAAAGACGGAAUAAAGCGUCGAUUCUUUUAACUCGCUGCUCAUGAGAUCACGCCGUGCAGAUCGACGCUAAGCUGCACUCGUCCAAACGCUCAGAGUUUGGAGAGCUGGGAUCGGCUGGCGGCUUCCUUCCCACCGAACGCAGCUUGUGGCGUCACCAUCAGAUGAUUGGAUAAACGACCGUUAGUUUUUCCACUCACGCUGCUAAAUCACUUGAUUUUUUUACGCUGCACCCUAAAAUAAAUAAAUAACUAAAUAAGGAAGUGUAGGAGAUCCGAGCGGAGCUGAACGUUCUUCAUGCCAAAGUUACCCGUCUGUAUCCUGAAUGCAGAACGACGGACGUAUGCGGGUUCGUCGUAGCACUAAAAUCUGAGUCGUGACCCCUCACGGUUCGGUUCGCUUCCCAUUUUUACUGCAUCUCAUUAAAACGCUGUUACGUUUGAUGUGUUUCUGAAGGUUUUGUUUUUAUUUCUGAUUUAAUAGCUGCUGCCUGAUAAAGCCGACGUUGUUACUUAUAAAUAAGAGUGUGGACAGUACGAGCUGAGGCUCGGUGCGGUCGCAGGGCGUGUCAGUAUUUCUGCAGUAAGUGAUGCGUAGCUCUGUAAUGAACACGAGGAGAAAACGAUAGAGCGCUGAUCUGGGACGAGACGGUUACAAACGUCUGGACUGUAAAACCCGAGAAGCCAAAAAGUGAAGCAUCACAAACCUGCUCCGAGUUUCUUCAUGAAAUAAAACUUUAUGAAAAUCUGUAUUUUAUGUAAAAUGAAUAUAAAUAAAUUCUGUGAGUUACA